AUGAAAGAACUUUUUGAUGUCGCAGUGAUAGGUGCUGGGAUGGCGGGAAUACUGGCCGCCCGAGAUCUCAGCCAGAAGGGUCAUUCUGUUGUCCUUCUCGAGGGUCGAGACAGAGUCGGUGGACGGACCUUUACGACCGAAGCCUUUGGAACCGAGCUCGAAUUGGGAGGCACCUAUGUGCACUGGACCCAUCCAACCAUUUGGCACGAGCUACAACGGCACGAUAUCUCAGUCUUUCCACCGUUGGAUUCGGAGAAAGCCUACUGGCUAGCGGAUGGAGAUGUCCACUCGGGCACAAUGAACGACUACUACGAAGCCCUCAAUCCCCUCAUGUCACAUUUGGUGCACGACGCUCGUUCCCAGUUUCCGAUGCCGUUCAACGUCAGUGCUUCAGCGAAUGAUGUCGACCAGGAAUCCCUCGAAGACCGCAUUGUAUCCUUGGGUCUCUCUGCCUAUGAACGUGACAUUCUCGAGGGAGCCAUGUCAGGUCUGGUUCACUCGUAUAGGGAGCAGGGUGUUGCCCAGCUCCUGCAAGGUGUAUCUGGCACCUUUGGGGACUAUAAUGGCUUCUUUGAAACUGCUAGCUUUUGGCAUAUAGAAGGUGGUACCAAGCGUCUGGCAGCUGCCAUGAUGUCCGAAUCGACUGCCACGUUACGCCUCCAGACACCCGUUCAAUCAAUUUCAGACAACGGCUCUUUUGUGACAGUAACCACACGUGCUGAUGAAGAUAUCCAUGCACGCUUUGUUAUCACUGCACUGCCCAUAAACACCCUGGAUGAUAUAACCAUCAAGCCCGAGCUUCCUGCACCGGUGCAAAGCAUGAUCGGCAGCAAGAAUCCUGUCAUGGCCAGCAAGAUAUACGUACGUGCCAAGGGUACCAUUGAACCAUUCAAUGCUUUUGCUCCGGCCGGGAAGAACCCUAUCAAUGCAGCUAGGGUCGAAUCGCGGUAUGAAGGAGACACCCUCAUCAUGUGCAUUUGCUCUGAUGCCGCAGCAAUCCAAGCCAAUGACCAUGAGGCGGUACAAGAAGCUUUGCGGAAAUUUGUUCCUGAGAUUGAGGUUGUCGAUACUGCUAGUCAUGACUGGGGUACCGACGAGUUUUCUCAGGGUGGCUGGGGAUGGUAUCGGCCUGGGAACCUCACAGGAGCCGCCCCACUGAUGCGACAACGCCAUGGUCGCAUUUUCUUUGCAGGGAGUGACAUUGCUUCACUCGGAGCUGGCUUCAUCGAGGGUGCUAUGCAGACGGGUGUAAUUGCGGCUCGCGAGGUUGCCACUGCCUUGGCGAAUGGAGAAUAA